CCAGCCCUCCCCACACUCACAGCCACCUCCUCACAAUCCUAACAUGAUGGGGCCGCACAGCCAGCAUUUCAUGUCACCUCGUUUUGCUGGUGGCCCCAGACCGCACAUCAGGAUGGGAAGUCAGCCUCCAGGAAGUGUCCCAGGAUCCCAGCCCAUGAUGCCAAACUCCAUGGAUCCUAUCAGACAGCAAGGACACCCCAACAUGGGAGGCCCCAUGCAAAGGAUGACCCCUCCUAGACUUAUGGGUCCAAUGGGCCCUGGGCCUCAGUCUGAUCCUUGGUUGUCAUUGCAGAAUUACGGCGGUGGAAUGAGACCUCCACUCAACUCUUUAGGGCCCGGAAUGAACAUGGGGCCUGGAGCAGGCAGACCAUGGCCGAACCCCAACAGUGCUAAUUCAAUUCAAUAUUCUUCGUCCUCACCUGGUUCAUAUGUGGGACCUCCUGGGGAUGGGAGAGGAGGGGGACCUCCCGGAACGCCAAUCAUGCCCAGCCCUUCAGAGUCAACAAACUCAAGUGACAAUAUUUAUACCAUGAUAAAUCCCGGGCCAGGAACAGGAAAUCGCUCAAAUUUCCCAAUGGGUCCUGGCUCUGACGGCCCCAUGGGCGGAAUGGGUGGCAUGGAACCACAUCAUAUGAAUGGGUCGUUAGGAUCUGGAGAUUUGGACGGACUGUCUAAGAAUUCUCCAAGCAACAUAAGUGGCAUUAGUAACCCUCCAGGAACACCACGAGAUGACAGUGAAUUGGGAGGAAACUUCCUUCAUUCCUUCCAAAAUGACAAUUACUCGCCCACCAUGACGAUGAGCGUGUGACACCCAUCUAAACUCUGACAAAAACUUCAACUCGGCUGCUGCUCGGAUGGUCACAAGGAUUAUGGAAGAAGAGGUGCGCGGGACAGCCCCUUGGAUCAGCUUGAUGCAAUAAAAAGCACAGGCUUGUGUUUCCAUAAAUCAUGAAGGACAAGGCUCUCAAGAUGAGGAAAUAUUUUCCGAGGAUCUGUACAAAAGACUUUUUCUUUUCUUGGAGACAGACUGAAGCAUUGCGUUUCAUAUGGAUUGUUGCAGUGUCCAUUUUAUCGUUCUGUGUCUGUGACGUGAUAUUCAAAGAAUAGCUGAUAUAGGAAAUUUUGUGUCUUUGGGUUUAUUUCUCUUCAAAUAAACCGAACAUUUUUUCCUCCAAAGAGACAAUCUCGCCCUGCAAGCCGUGGUUUUGUUCUCUCCCUCCCUCACUGUGCAGACGUUUGUCACCUGUACUUGGGCUCGGCCCGCACUGCUUUCUUUACCUCAUUGAAAACUUGAGCCUCUGGUAUAAA